GUAGAGCAAAGUAGUUACCUAAAAAUCUUUACUGUGGCUGUGAGACGGUGGUGGCAGAAACAUGUCCGUGUUUAUCUGCUGCGUUCAGUCGGCUAUGAUACUGCUGUGGGUCCUGGAGGUCCACACCGUCACUCUCCAGCCGGCCGAGGAGGUGGAAAUCUUUACUUUGGAUAAAAACACACCUCGGGGAUGGAAGUAUGAUCCUCCAAAAGGGUGGAGUGAACUCCAGCUCCGUGGACCAGGUCUGGUCCUGCAGGCAUGUGGAAAACCCAUCAGAAGGACGUUACUGAGCAAGUGGAUGAAGCGUGAUGAUGCUCGGUAUCUCCUGAUGGACAUCACAUUUGCUCAAGAGCAGGAACCGUCUGCUGUGCUUCUCCCCCUUCAGGUUCACGUCAUGGACUUGAGUGUAUAUGCCAGUACAUUUCAAAAUGACAGCAAAGUUCAGGAUCUCUUCGCGUCAGCGCCGUUUCCCAGCGGCUUAUCACUGACCCAGACCCUGCGCAACCACAAUCAGAGCAUCACUGUGAACCUGGGUUCUGUUCAAAACAAAGGCUUCCAACUUGGGCUCUCCUACUCUGGAAGAUGCGUGCUGGUGUGGGCCAUCAGAGUCUACUACCGGAGGUGUCCUGAGAUCACAGAUGGCCUGGUGUGGUUUGGAAAAACUGUGGCUGGAUCCCAACUGCUCUCAGGGUCAUGUGUGGUGGGUGCUGUGGAGGUUUCUCCCCCGCUGAGGGACUGCGGCCGGGAUGGAGUCUGGGGUCCAGUGCAGGGAGGUUGUACCUGCAAAGCUGGACAUGAAGCCACAAGCCACAGCUGUUCAGCAUGUCGGAUGGGAUUCUACAAAGCGGGUGAAGGAAACAGAGACAUCUGCCGACCAUGCCCACCAAACACCAAAACCCUGAGUGAGGGCUCAGACAGAUGCACGUGUCUAGCAGGAUUCAGCCAGCUGACGGAGGACCCCGAAGAGCUUGGCUGCACCAAGCCUCCAUCAGCUCCUGUGAAUCUGACUUCUCACCACCAAAACAGCUCCCUGCUGAGCCUGACCUGGGACCCUCCUCACGACAGAGGGGGCCGGCAGGAAGUGAUGUACAGAGUCAAGUGUGAGAGCAGUGCAGGUGGUCUGUGGGAGGCCUGCGGGGAAGGUGUGGUUCUUCAGCCGAAUUGCUCAGAGCUGAGCAGCACCUCAGUCAUCGUCAUGGGGAUGAACCCGCUCAGUGACUACAGACUGACUGUGCAAGCCGUCAAUAAUAUUUCCAGCCUACAAGGGGCGCCAGUGUCAUCAUCAGCCACAGUAACAAUUCAUAGAUGGAGAGCUCCACCGGGAUCAGCCACAGUAACUCCAGGUCUGAAUGUUGUACAGGUUGAAGAAACUCAAUCGCCCCACCAUCCCAGUCGAUUUUCAAUGUGGUUCGUAGUCGGUAUCUUUUUUUUUGCUCUCCUGCUAAUGGCUGCGAUUCCCAUCUUGGUUGGCCUUCUGCGGCGGAAAUACAAAAAACGCAGAUGUGAGCAAGAACUGAGACAUCUGAUGACUGCACGAGUGACAUACAGACGUCAGCAACAGCAAGAGGCAGUGCCUUUGCAGACCCAAGUUAGUUUGGAGCAGGGUGUGUUCCAGCUGUUGGAGGGACUAAAUGGUAGACUGCUGGAUAGUCUGAAGGAUGUCCUUGUGGAAAGACACCAACUGACGCUUGGAAAGGAGCUUGGAAAAGGAGAGUUUGGCGCUGUUUAUGAAGGCAGUUUCAUGUCAGAAGGUGUGGACCUGAGGGUUGCUGUGAAAACCAUGAGAGUUGGAAUUCACAGUCAGGAAGACCUGCAUGACUUUUUGAGAGAAGCUGAGAUCAUGAAGAACUUCAGUCAUGUCAAUGUGAUUAAACUGUUUGGCGUCACCUUGGAGAGGGAUGAGGACAGUCCACUGCCUUUUCCCAUGGUCAUCCUUCCCUACAUGAAACACAGAGACCUGCGGCGCUUUCUCAUUGCUACACGCUACGGUGAUGUUCCAAUGUUCGUGCCUCAUCAGAGCCUCCUGCGCUUCAUGAUCGACAUUGCUGCUGGGAUGGACUACUUAAGCUCACAGGGCUUUCUUCACAGAGAUUUGGCGGCACGCAACUGCAUGCUUGGCGAUGACCUGCGGGUGUGUGUGGCUGACUUUGGCUUGACAAAGAAAAUCUACAGCAACAAUUAUUAUCGUCAGAAGGUGACGAUUCGAGUGCCGGUCAAGUGGAUGGCCAUGGAGAGUCUCUCAGAGUCUGUCUACACCACCAAGAGUGAUGUGUGGUCCUUCGGGGUGACGAUGUGGGAGGUAGUGUCCCGGGGCAUGACUCCUUAUCCUGGUGUCCACAACUGUGAGAUGCUGGACUUUCUACUCUCUGGACAUAGGCUGAAAGCUCCCAAAGACUGUGACCUCCAACUAUAUGAGGUCAUGUGCAGCUGCUGGGACAGGGACCCAACCUGCAGGCCCUGCUUUGAGCAUCUGGGUGAGAAACUGAAAGGUCUUCUGUCCGAGCUGCCGGAACUGGGGGCCAGCCAGGAGGCCUGCUACAUGAACCAGUGCCUGGAGGCAGCUUCUGCUGCCUGCCACGAUCCUCACACAGAAUGUGAAGAAAGACUGGGGAAUGUCUACCUGCCUUCUCCAGUGGGCGCUGUGGACCAGGAUGGAGAAGAGGGUUACCUCAAGGCCUUUGUUUGUCAAGAGGCUUCUGAGAACUAACAAACCAUGCCAAGCCUGUUCUUAUUAGCAUGAUAAAAUACAUGCCUCUUGUUUUCAACGUAGCAUUCUUCUAGUAACUUGGCUUUUCGAGAGAUUAGAGAUGUUAACUAUGAUUCCUGUAUUAUGUAAAGAGAUACUGUGACUCCUGAUGCAUUUACAUAAUCGGUCUCUAUUCAGCCACAUACAAACAAAAUACAAAAACAUUUAGCAAAACAACAAAGAAAACCCCACAACUCGGCCACUGGGGACAUCAUUCAAUUGUAGAUGCAAGCGUUCCUCAUUUUUCCUAAUAUUGCAACCAUAUCCUCCGGCUCCUUUCAAAUGUGGAUGUGAGUUUCUCCAUGAUUUCCAGAUUCUCAUUUGUGACUAGUGUCAUGUGCACCACACUGUAGUCAGUUCCUUGGACUAGCCUCCUUGUCUAAGCUGCAUAUGGCAUCCUGACCACAUAUUCCUAAACAGAUCCUUUUGAAAUGUGAAAGGUAUAACACACUUCCAAAAUUGAGCAUUACAGUGUACUCUUGUCAUAUAGUGGAAUGAAUGUUGAGAGUGAUUGACUUUCAGGACACUUUGUGUUAAGAUGAGAACACUUUCUCCAACGUGGCCGUUUUGUUUUCAAUUCUUUACCUUCAUUUCCAUGUCGAACCAAGGUCUCUUGCGGUCAUCUGCUGUACUCCCCACAUUUUCUUUCUCAUUUAAUCUGUAAUCUCUUUUUAUGACAAUUUCUCUUUGGCAUAAAUUGAAGUUUCAUUUUUUUUUUAGAUUUCAUUAGAUAUUUGUAUAAAUAGAAAUUGUUAUGAGAAUAAUAUAUCGAGUGUCUCUUGUAGUUAUGAUGCCCAUCUUUUAAAUUAAAUGUGUUGGUAAAAAAUCAGUGGAGUACAUAUAUUUAUUUCAAGUAAUGUCUUCUGGAAUGUUAGUUGUACUUGCAGUGAGGAGAUAUAACACUUAAUGUGCCAUAUAAACGUGUCAAAUGCUGAGUGAUUCUUCAAUAAAU